CAACCACAUUUUCGAGAAAUGAGAAUGAACCUAGUAGUAGUGAUCGUUUAAACAGUGGGCAAAGUAUAGUUAAAAGAUUUUUGCUAAAAAGUAUAAUUCAAAAUCUCAUGAAAAGUGAAGAGACGAAGACCAUUAAUCAAAUAGAAAAAGAGCUUAAACUUGCUAAGGAAAAGAUUUCCGAGGAUGAUUUAGAUUUAGAUAUUGUAGAAAUAGAUUUACCUCCUAUUAAAGACAAAAAACGGAAGAAAGUUCUUGAGGCUAUUCACAACAUUUUUCAAGCUAAAAGGGUUGAUGAUGAACUGUUCAUCAAAUUUAAUGGUAGAAUGAAAGAAGAAAUACAUUUCGCAUUGAAUGUUUCGCUUCGUCAACAACUUCCAG